UGUUCCACCACCGAGUGCAACACUACUCCAGGAGCGCCCUCCUCUGCACCUGACCUGCCAUGCCCCCGCCUCCCGCUCCCGCCGUCCCAUCGGUGGUCUCCUCGGGCCGUGGCACUGACCUUGGUCCCCGCGCCUUACGACCUCCUGCAACCAGUCCCGUCCGACCUCUCGACCGUGAUACGCUCUGCGGCGCGCCUCUUGCCGCCUCCGCCUCCCGCUUCCGAGCGCCGCCGUCCUCCGCCGCCGCUUGGAGGAGAGCCCCCUCUGCCCUCCUUCCGCGGCCACGCGCCGACGUGCCUCUGCGUACCCGUUCCUCGGCGGCGGGUGUCUGCUACGUGUUCGACCAAAUGGGUCAUGGUUCAUCUUUAUUUCGAGGUCUAACUCCCGGUAGCAUUAAACUCUGCAGAUAUGACCAGCUUCAAACUGCUGCUAACUUAUGUUUCUACAAGUGCAAUCACAACUUUUGUUGCCUUCAAUUCAAUUUACGGUUACUCUGGUAUGGCGGUUGCGUCUCCAGGAUCUUAGCAGGCAGGCCAUCUGAUGCUUUCGCCGGGAACUUUCAACCGGUGAGGUAACCGAGAAUUCCUCCAAAGUCUUACCCCUGUCAAGCAAAAAAUGUGCAAGCAUUCUUUCGAGUUGCAGUCCUUUAUAAUUUACAAUGCUGAUUCUUCUCAGCUUAUGGCCCAAGCAUCUGAUGUACAUCUGCCACAAACUAUCGGUCGCACGGCCACUACGGUCGACCUCAUCGUCACCGUCGUCUUCAAUCUCGGUACCCGAUUCGCCAUCGGACAUCCAGGACUCCUUCUUUUGGGGCUGACCUAGAGGAAACAGCGACAGUACUUCCAGGUUCUUUGUUUCACGAAGCAAGACGGCGACAGACCGGGCGGCAUGGCCCUCGCGCAGGCAGCCUUUGAGGCCCGACUGUCUGAGAGGUAGCCCCCGUACAGCAUCUGCGAACAAGCUGCUGUGGUAGGCCAUUGACGGGCGCAAGGAAAGGUGGAGAUACGCCAGCUCGGUGCACUGGCUGAUGAGUCCUGUGACCGGAGCAACCUCGGUUGAUUUCCUUUUGGAGAGGUCUUCACAGAUUUCGAUCGUCAGCGCCAUCACUCCUUUGUAGUUUGCAACCUUGAAGAGCGACUCAAGGGGAAUGCCGCCUUUGUAGUGCAGCGACUGCAGGCAUGAGCUGUGCAGCUUGACGCGGCUGGCAUGGUGGCAACAGAUCAUGGCAAAGCUCCGCAGGUGGGCACUCUCCACCGUGAUCUUGCUGACGCUCGGGAGCUCCUGCAGGUUGCAGCAUCAGGUCGGCGAGGCGCGGGCAGCUUGAGAGCAGCUGCUGCAGCAGCCCUUUGGGGUCCAUGAUCCUGGCGAGGCAGAGCGUCUCCAGCGACGAGGCGACCACCCCCUGCGGCAGGUCGAGCGUCCAGUUGGUGAGCCUCAGGCGGCGGAGCGUGCUGCAGCUGAAGAGAUGGUGCUGCGUCUUGACGUUUCUGUUCCGCUGGUGGACCUCGAAGUCCGCCGAGGCCUUCUCCGACGAGCCAAAGGGGCAGAGCCUGCGUCCGGGGUCGUGCCAGUACCUGAGCUUGACGUCGAUCUCCUCGACGCCGGAGUAGACGGCAGUGACGAUCCACUGGUCGAGCAGGUCGUCCGGCGGGGACAUGGCGUCGAGGCGGAAGGUGCGGAUGGGCGUCCCAGGGGGCUUGCAGAGGAUCGCACCCGUCACCAUCUGGUCGA